AUGAGCCCUGACCAUAAGCAAAGACCGAAUCACUUGAGUUUUACCUCUGAACCUGUAAAUGUCCAUAACAAUAGUCCUACUCAUAGCCCAAAAUCAGCAACUUUAUCGAAUUUACCGAGACGACCGCCAGUAGAUGUGGAAUUUAUAGAUAUUUCAUAUUCAGUACCACAUGGAAGACAUUGUGCACAUAAAACAAUAUUACAAAAUGUGAGUGGAACCUUCCACUCUGGAAAAUUGACUGCCAUUAUGGGCCCUUCAGGAGCAGGAAAAAGUACACUUAUGAAUGUCUUGGCUGGUUAUAAGACAUCACAUAUGAUUGGCUCUGUUCUUAUCAAUGGCAAGGAAAGAAAUCUAAGAAGUUUCCGAAAACUAUCUUGUUACAUAAUGCAAGAUGAUGAUCUACUACCAUAUAUAACUGUACGUGAAGCUAUGCUGAUAUCAGCAAAUUUAAAACUAGACAAAGAUAUAUCUUAUUCUGCAAAACGCUUAAUUGUUGACGAAAUCAUCGAGACGUUAGGAUUAGUAGAAUGUAAAAAUACAAAAACCUUACAUCUAUCAGGCGGACAAAGAAAAAGACUAUCUAUUGCACUAGAGUUAGUGAACAAUCCACCUGUCAUGUUCUUUGAUGAGCCUACCUCAGGAUUAGAUUCAUCGACUUGUUUCCAAUUGAUUUGUUUAUUGAAAUCUUUAGCUCGGGGUGGCAGGACAAUAAUUUGCACUAUACAUCAACCUUCUGCG